GGUUUUCAUCUUCAGCUAAUUAGCUUUCUUCAUUAAGUUUACGUUAGCUUUAGCCGCAUUGCUAACGGCGCGUGUAGCUAACGGCUUGCAGUUUAUCUUAAUUACCUUUUAAAAGGUGGAGGUUAUGUGUAGUUAAUAAGAGGUUUGAUUUAAUUAAACUGACAUUAAUUACGUCCUCCACUCGGGAGACAAAAUUAUAUAAAAAAACAUUAAUGUGAAGCAGGGGUGGAAGAAGGACUCAAGUCUUUUACUUCAGUAAAGGCAGCAGUACCGCAGUGUAGAAAUACUCGCAAAAGUCCUACUUUCAAGUACAGAAGUGUGUUUUCCAGGAGGUCCAUCAUGCUUAACGCUUCAUCCAGCCAAGGAAGAAGGAGAAAAAUGGAGGACAAUGUUUCAGUUUCAGAGCCUCCACCCAAAUCUUCCAGAGUCACCUUGCUGGGCCCGUCUGUCCUCCUACUUGAGAUCCCCACUGACACCAACACCAGCCUCCCGGUGUGGGAGGCCAUGAGAUCCCAGCAGCUCAACAUCGCCUGGACUGUCAACCCCUAUGGCAUCAGUGUUCAUUUAACUCCUGUGGCCUCUAAGCAAGUCAAGACCACAGCUUCCAGUAAAAGUCAAGGCACUACUAGGGUGGUACAGAUCUCAGGGCCUUCUUCAGGCAUCCUGCAGCCUCAGGCGAUCAUCCAGUUCGACGCUCAGCAGCAUAGCGUCGCCCUGAACAGCUCUUAUGUCCAGGUCACCUUCCCUCAAAGCAGCAGCCAGUCACUGCCGAGCCCAAAUCAACCACAGAAAAUACUCCUGAGGCCUGCACAGGCCACGUCUCUCAUCGUCUCCCUGCCUGUCAUCAUCACCCAGUCGCAGCUUGCCGAUCAGCCCCACGCCCCUACCAAGAGUGUGACCCUGUCCGCCAUCCAGACCCCAACAACCGCCUCCACCAAGCUACAAGCCCCGUCCAAAGUCCCAGUUCCCACUUCCUUCCACACAAAUACCUCCCCUGACAUCCAGAUCUGUGACAGAUUCCUCCUCGGCUUGUGUCGAGCAGGGAAGAAGUGUAAGAAGCACCACACCCCCUACCCGUUUCACUGGCAGCUGCGGUGUGUGACCAGCCGCCAGUGGAUCGACUUCCCCCUUCGCUCUCAGGUCUUACUGGAAAGGAUGUACAGCAAUGUCAACCAAACCACGAUUUGCAUCAAGGAUGGGCACGAUCGCUACACUCUGAACUUUGCCUUGAUGGAGUUGGAUGAUACAUCCAAGUACGACAGGGUUAGAAGACUCACUAACUCUGAUAAUAUGUUCAAGAAUCCUCACUUUCCCAGCCAAUGGAAAAUCUACUGGCGGAACAACCUCAGCUGGGAAGAGUACGACAAGAAUGUGUCCACCUUGCUGCUAAUGAAAAUGAGUAGAAAAGAGCCCGAGUGCUCCUUCCACAUCGGCUCACGGGAGUACAAGGUGGACUUCUCCACUAUGACCCAGACCAACGUCACCACAGGGUUUCAGAGACACGUUCGCUGCAGACCCGUCUACCGAUCCCCUGAUUCCAUGCAGCCUUACCUGCGGACAGGAAUCUGGACUGAGCCCCCCGGACCUGUCGGCGUUCCUCCUGCCACCAACUUCAGUGUGGACCCUCUGGAGGACUUCAGAUCCUGGUAUCCUCCAGUGUGGUGUCUGGCAUCAGAGCAGGACUACAGCUUGGUGGACGUUCCGGCUGAGACACGUGCCUACAAGACGGUCCGCAGCUUCUUCUAUAACAGCCUGCCCGAGACUGAGGUGGACAUCAUCAGCAUCCAGCAGGUCCAGAACCUCCUCCACUGGGACAAGUACCAAAGACACAAGACGCACAUGCAGAAGCAGCACACUGAGUCUAAGGAGCCACUGGAGAGACACCUCUUUCACGGGACAAACAGAAAGGCCUCAGAGGACAUCUGCCACAACAACUUCGACCCUCGCAUGGCCGGAGUCAACGGAACGACCUACGGUUUUGGCACCUACUUCGCCACCAAAGCCUCCCUCUCACACGCCUACUCAGCCAAGGUGAAGUCAGAUGAGCUUCGUCACAUGUUCCUGGCCAAAGUCCUGGUGGGGAAGGUGAGUCUCGGGAUGAACACCUACCGCAGGCCGCCGCCACUCAGCACUAGGACGAAGGAGUACCGUCUCUACGACACCUGCGUGGACCGACUAGACAAACCCACCAUGUUUGUAGUUUUUGAUAGCUGUCAGUGCUACCCAUACUACCUGAUCAAGUACAAAGACCUGCCUGAGGAGACUGAAAUUUGAUAUAUUUUGAAGCUCUGGAGGAGGGCUAGUUGAUGUUAACUGUUCAGACAUUAACAGUUUUAAAGGUGUCCUGUUGUAAGAUGACCUGAAAUGUUAUUAAAUGUUAACACACGCAGUUGCAGCAAAACGCGCAGGUAACUUAAUAAAAUGUGCCGCAUGUAGACAAUGUGCGAUGAAGUUCCACCUGACAUCAUGAAGACAUGAGAGCAGACAGUUAAAAUGUAGUUCAAACCUGCAAAGCACUUUAUUUUUCAAAAUGUCUUUAUUUUGGUUACUCAAACAUUUUACAUAGAUGGAAAUAAGUACUUUUGUUUUUCUCUCGACGGUGUUCUGAAUCAGAGUGACAUCGGCCAUGUUUAUGAAAAUAAACUGUUCACUGAAUACA